GAGACAGAGAGAGACAGAGAGAGAGAGAGACACUCUCAGUGACGUGCUUCACAUUGCAGUGACACAGUGUCACUAUAGUCCCUCUCGUGGUCCAGUCCAGUCCGGUACCAGUUCAGUACCAUGCCAGCACAGUGAUGGACCCUCAGAACCGAGCCGCCCUCGACAUCUCCACCCGAAACCCGCAGGAUGACUUUGAGAUCCUGCAUCGUCUGGGAGGAGGCACCUACGGGGAGGUGUACAAGGCACGGAAUAAGCAGACUGGCGACAUGACAGCAAUCAAAAUCAUCAAGACAGAACCAGAAGACGAUUUCUCUGUGAUCCAGCAGGAGAUUGUGAUGGUGAAGAGCUGCAAGCACCACAACAUCGUGGCGUACUUCGGCAGCUACAUACAGUCCAAUAAGCUGUGGAUUUGUAUGGAGUACUGCGGAGGAGGGUCUCUGCAAGACGUCUACAACGUGACUGGCCCCCUCACAGAGCUGCAGAUUGCCUAUGUGUGCAGAGAGAUGCUGAAGGGUCUGGACUACUUGCACAACCAGAAAAAGAUUCACAGAGACAUCAAGGGAGCCAACAUCCUCCUGAAUGACCUGGGAGAGGUCAAGCUGGCUGAUUUCGGGAUCUCUGCGCAGAUCACUGCCACCUUCGCACGGCGCAUGUCUUUUAUUGGGACACCGUACUGGAUGGCGCCGGAGGUGGCAGCGGUGGAGAUUAAGGGGGGCUACAAUGAGCUGUGUGACGUCUGGUCGGUGGGGAUCACUGCCAUCGAGCUGGCCGAGCUGCAGCCCCCCCUGUUCGAUGUUCACCCCCUCCGAGUCCUGUUCCUGAUGUCAAAGAGCGGCUACCAGCCUCCCAAACUGAAGGACAAAGCAAAAUGGUCCUCCAUGUUUCAUAACUUUAUUAAAAUGAUGCUGAUCAGGAACCCCAAGAAGAGGCCCAGUGCCUGCAAGAUGCUGACACACCAGUUUGUCUCCCAGUCCGGUCUGAGCCGCACCCUCACCACUGAGCUACUGGAGAAGCUGCGGAACCCGGAGAAGCUGCAGAGCUGCCUGGGGGAGGGCGAGGAGGGCGAGGAGGGCGAGUUUCUGCCCGGGUUCCUGAGACGAAUCCACUCCACAAACCGACACAACAAGGCAGAGAGAACCAGUUCAGACAUCCGCUUGCAACAGAUUGAGAUCAAACAGCCGGCCAGGAGAGAGAGGCCCUCCCGAGACGGUCCGGUAAAUAACCGUCACUGCCCUCGCACGCCCUGCCUGCCUACAGCCUGCGCUCCCAUCUCCACAGAACAUUACACACAGCUACAAACACAGUUUACCAUGAAGCAGAGCGAGGCUGGAAAGCCCCCGGCAGUGAUCAGCAUGGAGCCUGUCAGGACCAGCAGAGAUGACAUCACAGAUUCAGAUGACGACGACGAUGACUAUGAUGACGUUGACAUCCCCAGCAAUUACGAUAACAGUAACACGCUACAGGCUGACGAUGUCCCGCCCCCGUUGCCUCCCAAGCCCAAGUUCCGGAGCGGCUCGGAGGAGAGUUCCGCGGGGGAAGACGAUCACGGUCGCACAGGAAGCUCCCUCUACAGCCCCUCCCCCAUCCUGCGCUGCUCCAGCGGCCCCCGGACCCGGCCUACCCCCCGCCCGCGCACCGUCAGAAACGUCAACUCGGACCCCACACAGAGGCCCAGCCGACACUGCGGAAGAUCGGAGGACCCCCAGCCCCCCCUCCUGCCCCCCAAGAAUGACAAGAAGCUGAAGCCGACCCCCGCCCUGCCCCCCCAGUCACCCGUCCCCCCGCAGCAACAGGGUCCUGUGGAAUGCAAGAGCCCUGAAUUCACGAGAACCCCGGUAUUCCUGAAGAAGGUGUUUAACGGCUGUCCUCUGAGAAUCAACAGCUGCACCACCUGGGACCACUGCACUACUAAAGAUCCUCAGCUGAUAUUCGGGGCGGAGGAGGGCAUCUUCACUUUGAACCUCAGCGAGCAGGAGGCCACUCUGGAGCUGCUGUAUGCAGGCAGGUGUACCUGGGUCUACUCCAUCAGCAAUGUCCUCAUGUCAAUAUCAGGCAAGGCCUCCCAGCUCCACUCACACUCCCUGAAGGAGCUGUACGAGCAAGCAGGCAAAGUGCUGCCCACACACAGGCUGCUGCCCAGGAAGUUUUCAGUGACCAGUAAGAUCCCAGACACCAAAGGCUGCCGGGCGUGUUCUGUAGCUCAUAAUAGGCAGAAUAGCUGCAGUUUCCUGUGCUGUGCUCUGGAGUCCAGUGUGGUUCUGCUGCAGUGGUAUGAGCCCAUGCACAAGUUCAUGCUGAUAAAGCACUUUGACUUCCCCCUGCCCACCCCUCUGCGUGUGUUUGAGAUGCUGGUGGUCCCGGAUCAGGAGUACCCCCUGGUCUGCAUCGGGCUCAGCAAGGGCUCCGGGCCGGGGAAGGACGUGCAGUUUGAGAACAUCAACCUCAACUCUGCCACCUCCUGGUUCACUCGCAGCAGUGCAGAGAGCACCAGUACAGAUCCAGUUCAGGUAUCUCAACUGGACUGCAGCACACUACUAGUCCUGGUUCACAAGCAUGUGAUGCUGGUAAACCUGCAGGGGGCAGUGAAGAGUCAGAGGAAGCAGCUGUCUGAAGUCUCUUACUCCUUCGCUGUGGAGUCAGUGGUGUAUUUUGAGGACAGCAUCCUGGCUCUGUGGAAGCACGGCUGGCAGAGGAGAGACGUCCGUUUCUCGGAGGUGCUGCAGAACUGGACAGAAACCAGCAAGACAUUCAGACUGGUCCACUCGGAUAGGAUGGUGGUGGUGGAGACAAGACCGACAGAAGAUCAGUUCGCCCACAGCAACCUCUACGUCCUGGAGAUCGCAGAAAACAUCGUCCCAGCGCUGUGAACCAGUACUCCCAGUGUGCACUCACACACACACACCAAAGAGAACACUGAGACACUCACAGACAGACAAAUCAAUGUAAACCCACAUCAGUGUGGACUCUGACACACACACACACAGCACUGAGAGACUCACGCUCUCUCACUGUAUCAAACUGGCUUCUCAUUGCAUCGAAGGGAAAGGCCAGGGCUGCAAACCACAGGGUUCAAAAACAAACGCCUGGCCGUGCAAGCAGAGAGCAGUGAGGUAGAGAGAUAGAGACAGAGCUGUGAAGAGAAAUGCUGUACUUGUCUGCGUCGGUUUGUAAAAGUUUCCCUUCCCUGUCCUGUACCCUAACGUCUGUGUCACAAUCUUAAAAUGCUUUUGUUUUAAGUAAAUAAAUAAUUUAUAAAAUGUUUCA